AUGCCCUACAAGGUCUACCACGGCAAGACCGGUGUCGUCUACAACGUGACCAAGUCCGCCGUCGGUGUCAUCCUCUACCGCCAGGUCGGCAACCGUUACAUUGAGAAGCGCAUCAACGUCCGCAUCGAGCACGUCCGCCACUCUCGUUCGCGCGACGAGUUCUUGACCCGCGUCAAGACCAACGCCGAGAAGAAGCGCCAGGCCAAGACCGACGGCUCCCACGCCUUCCUCAAGCGCCAACCCGCCAUGCCCCGCGAGGCCCGCACCAUCUCCUACAAGGAGGCCAAGCCCGAGACUCUUGCUCCCAUCGCCUACGACACUGCCAUCUAA